CCUGUUGGAUUAAGGACAUUUGUCAGUUGCGGCUGUGCUCUAUUUUUACAAUUCAAAAGGACAACCUAACAUCACUUAGGCCUAUUUAUUUAAAUAUCACUGAGUCGUCGACAUACAUUCAGCUUUUUCACAAGAGCGUAGGGUAGGCUAAGCUACGCGCAUGUCGUGUAAUGCGUCACCACCCCCCAAAUCUGUGACAGACAGAUAGUCAUGCAGUCAGUGCAUGCAUCGGCCCGGCGUUGUAUAACAGGAAUUCGGCAAUAGCGAAGCGUAAACGAAGAAUGUGGAGCACUUGAACGUGACGCACAUCAGAACCAUCUGACCAGGAAAACGUUAUCGUCUUUUAAUGCACCUUUAACCAAAACAGCAAUUCCUUUUAGUGGGCCUUCAUCUAAACUUAGACAUGGAGCUUCAUCGGCGACUGUUGCUUGCCCACUGUGCCGCCCACACCCUUUCUAUUUUGGCCGGACUUCUUAUAGUGAUACCCCUUGCACUUAACGGAUCCGCGUUCAAAGGGAGGUGCGCGCUAUUCAGUCAAGGAUUUUGGCGGACGGAGAAUCAAACUCUGAUCACUGGGGAGUCGAACGAGAUAUCUCAUUUGGUAAUACAACAAUGGGGUCCCCCAUCCGCCUGCCAGUUCGCGACAUUCGUUGGAGUGUUCACCGUAUUGUACGGAGCAGCGCAGGGAUGGCGAAGCUUGUUCUACCUUCACGGUAGACAUGAUGACACCCUCCUCUCAGCUUUCCUCACCCUUCUCUUGAGCCUCUGUCUGUUUUUUCUCUCUGGUGGGGCGAGUAUUACCCUCUCUCUGGGACUUGUGUCCUGGUGUGAUGUUGUGACAGAACACAACUCCAGACCAUACAGUUGUGCAGAAUCACAGUCCAUACCUCUAUACCUGGAUGUGGAGACCUCUUCCUUUUAUUCAGAGUUAACCUGUGCACAGCUUGCUCUUUGGUGUGUGACCGGACUCUGGCUGAUCCAGGUCAUCCUGUCUUUCCUGCGCCUCUAUCACUCCCACAGUCAGCACAUCAGCGGGCCAUGUCUGGCCAGAGAGAAGGAGCUUCUGCUGGGACAGGCCUACUGCGACUGUGCCUUCACCCAGCACCUGCAUGCCCUCCCGCAUGAACACCCACACCUCUCUCAGACAACUGCCGUCCUCAUCUGAUGGGAGAGUUUAACUCAUCGACUCUGUCCGCCGUAAACAAAAUGACUGUCUCUUUUAUCGUGAUAAAUGCUAAAUCAGUAACUUAUUCAUUUUACACAUUCGAUGCACUGUCCGUUUUAUUUGUUUUGCAUAACUAAAAUAGUUCUGCGCACUGAUGCCAAGCACUUGAAAGUCAAAUAUUUGAAGCCUGUGCAAAUAUAGCUGAAUAUAGCUGGAUGCAAUUGUUGGGCAAUGGAUGCAGGUUCAUGCAUGUGAUGUUGUCCUGAUAACAAGCUCAAUUAUAAGCUUGCUCUUCUGUUUUGACAUUAAUGAGACCUUAAAUGGUCUUGUUUUGUAUUUCAUAGCCUUUUAGGAACACUAGUGAAUUUGAUGCAUGUUCAUGUGCACAAUCCAAAUGUCCUCUCUCCCUUGUAUGAAGGUUUUUGUAUGACGCUGUUUGGGUAGAUGCAGCAAUACGGGGGGACUGAUUCCCACAAAAUGCUAAUGUCAUUGAGUGCUUGGGAAGGAUGGGAGAAUGUCUAAAGGAAUUCCAGCAAUUCCUUUCAUUUGACAUAUGAUCUCUGUACCCCAACCCCGAAUAGAUGCAAUGACACACAGAUGGCAGAGCAAAAAACUGGAAUGAAGGGGAAUUUCAGUCCUUUAUUAUUAGUAGUAUUGAUGUAUGUUUAUUAUAAUGUUAAGGCAUGUUUACCUUUUGUGUUUAUGUUUUGUAGUUAUUUAUAUUUUUACCAGGUAUCAUUUCUGAAAUAUCUGACAUUUCAAUAAAUCCUCAGGUACAAGGGUAACAUUGAA